AUGAGAUCCUCUCGCCCCUUGGUCCUCCUCCGCCGUCCCCAAACCCUCCCCCUCAGGCCUCUUCUCAGACGGCCCCUCUCUUCUGUGCCCCCCACCAGAAAUAUCAACCACCGCACAAACGAGUACACCGACUCUACCAUCUACGCAUUCUCCUACCUCUCCCGAACCAUCAAAUACGUCCUCAUAUCUCUUGUCGGUAUCGGGGCUACAGGCUUAAUUGGGUUUGAAGGGCUGCAUUUCUGGGUUGAGAAGGUGGGCAUGGGGGCGCCCAGUAGGGAGGAUUCUGGGAUAGACGGUGUGUGGGGAUGGGACGGAGAGCACCAGGGAUGGACAGGUGGACCCAAGGGCGGGACUGACCCCCGUUUGGGAUUUAAAGCUCGCCACGCCCUCAGAGCUGCUUGGAUAUCCCAAGAAUGGGGUGCCGGCUCCUCCGCCUCUAUCGAAAAAGGCAUGCACACCUCCGCCUUCCACCCCGACUAUGUUGCGGCCCGUUCGAUCAUCACUAGAACCCAGGCGGAUCAGGCGGGGGGUGGGGUGAGAAAGAGGGUCGAUCGGGGGUAUGAGAUUGCGGAUGAGUAUGUGGAUUUGGCGAUCAAAGAGGCAAAGAAGAAGGGGUUGGUGUUCCCGCCUGAACUCAGUGGAGCAAGGGCUUCUGGACCAACGUUCGACAACGAUGGGUACAAGGGGCUGCACGGCGAUCCAGCGGCGAUGGACCUGCUUCUGCUCAAAGCAGGCGUCUUGGAGAGAAUCAACACGUUUGACUCGCUCGCUCAUGCCAAAGACGUAUACGAGCAAGUACUAUCUUCUCUAUCCUCUUCUGCUCUCGCACCUGGCAGUGUCAGCCCGGGCGGACAGGCAAAGGUGAUGCGCCUCGCGAGUAAAGUCGGCGAUCUCUGCGCGAGGACGGGAAGUAGAGACGAAGCUACGAAAUGGUGGUCAUGGGGUCUUGGCCACGUUGGGAUAGAUGUCCAAAGAAAGGUGGUAGGGCAGGUGGAAGGCAAACCUGCUGCAGGGGUGAAAGAUCUCCCACCGCCAGUGCUGAGAGCUACCAUUGCCCUCAUCACCUCUGCGUCUGCCCAGCUCGCCACUACUUCUUCUCUCCAAGCGGCUUCCGAACUCCAAGCCCUCGGCCUUACCUACCUCACUCCUCCUCCCCUCAUCCCCGCCAACCAAACUCCAGCAGCAGAGCUUCACUGGACGUGGCUCACCCAACGUUCCUCCCUUUUGAAACUCCACCUCUCUUCAGUCCUCUACGCUCUGCAAAAGACCAACCCUCGCUCUCUCCCACUCCUUGCUGAGGCCAAGGAAGAGGCGGAGGAGGUCAUUGCGGAUAUCAACCCCAUGCCGAAAGAGUAUCUCGAUAAGAGCAAAGCGACAACGCCGGCGGCAAAGCUCCUCGCUCGAGAUGCGCUCCUCACGGGCGCAGAGAUUGCUUUCACCAGGGGUCUUCUCCUGGAGAGGACUGUAUCCCCAGCUGCCUCUACUUCCUCAUCAUGGUCCAUCCCCUUCUUCUCAUCCCUCACCACCUCUUCGGCUUCUAAACUACGACCCACUACUCUUACCACCCUCCAAGCCGCGCAGAAAGAGUUCCAACGUGCCACAGCGCUCUCUCUGCUUGAGUCUGGCGCAGACAAGCGUAAGAAGGGGCCCAAGGAAGAAGGUCAGGAAGAGGCAGUGGUGGUCGGUAGAGGGGAAGAGUGGGCAAAGUAUAAUAGGAGUUUGGAGAGGGUUAAUGGAAAGAUCGAUGAGCUUUUGGGGGUUGGACAGGGAGCUGAGGUGAAGGAAGAGGUGCAGAAGGUUUAA